UCUCACAAGCACCAGAUUGCCACGGGGAGCACUCCGACUCACGGCGCCUGUUUUACGGUCUCGAAACGUCGCCUUUCGGUCAAGGCAACUCUAAAUGGGCGUUUUUACCCUUCUGACACUGUCCUCGUCGCCAGGAUAUUUUCGGAAGCCGCGAAAUGAAGCGCAUGAAUGUGAGCAACAAGAAGUAUCCUGUUGUUUCUCCAUCACUAGUCAAGUGCUCUCAGUCUCUGUGGAUUCCCAUCCACUGUGGUUUGACUCGAGUGCUUUGAGUCAUUUGUGUUGUUGCAGACUCCCCAACUUUUCUCUAGCCGCCUUUUUUGUCGUCUCUUUUGAGGUUUUCCGUCUCUGAAACAAAUAUUUCAAGAUACACACCAACUCCGGAAAACCAGGGACUUGGCAUCUGCUCCCCGGCGGAAUAACCUUUGUUAGCGGUUAUUCGCCCUCCCAAGCAUCUUCUCAGGGCCACGCUGGAAGUCGCCUCCCAUGUGGCCGUCGGGAGUGGGGAGCAGGCAGCCAUGCCCUCGGGAGUCGGCGCUGCGCAGAGCGGCCAUCGGCGGAAACAUCAACGCCCUGCCGCCGCACCACGUCCCCUCCGGCCGCAGCGUGCGGGUCUUCAUCUGCGCCAACCCCGACGACACAGAAGCAGAGAGGAACGCACUGAAAGAGCACGUCUACCCCAAACUGAGAGACUUCUGCAGGGAGAACUAUGGGAUUGAAUUCCAGGUUGUGGACCUUUACUGGGGAGUAGAUCCAGAGGAAUGGGACAAUCCAGAACUGCAGAGACUCCGAAUGAAACUCCUGGAGGAAUGUCUAAAGACCUCGGCUGGACCCUGUUUCGUCGGGCUGGUGGGAGAAAAAUACGGGAGCAUCCGAGUGCCGGGGGAGGUGGAAUCCGCAGAGUUCGAGAUGAUCUUGGAUGCAGCGGUGGAAGCCGGCUUGGACACCCACAUUUUGGAAGAGUGGUACUGCAGGGAUGAAAACUCUGUACCACCCGCAUACUACCUCAAGCCCAAAGCCCAAAUGCUCAAGAACUACCAGAACUCAAUGGAGUCCAGCAGCGCAGCAAAGACCAAGAGUGACAAGGCCUGGAGGAAUGUGUCGGAGGAGAUCAAGAGGAUUUUCCGAACAGCCGUGCUGCAGCUUCAAGAGAAGGGCAUCAUGAAGAGCGCUCAGGCCAAGAAAUUCCUUUGCUCUGCCCUGGAGGAUGAGUUAGACUUUGCUCUGGGAAAACAAACACCUGCCUUUCUCAGGAAAUGCGUCUGCUACAUUCGCAAGAUCUCCAACUUUGACCGUUUCGCCAAAAUUCCAGAGAUGUCGCGCUACAUGGACAUUGUGGUCAGCAGCGAUCGCGUCAUGCGCAACCAAGAGUCCUACGAGCGCCUCCUGAAGGUCCGGGACGAAUUCAUCCCCACGAUUGUGGCCGCCUCCAACCUCCGCGUUUACUCUUCCGUCACCCACUGCGACAUGAAGUUAGGCUACUCCCAGGAAGUGGAGAGUCACUAUGUGGAAGGUCUCUGUAAGCAGUUCUACGAGGACAUGGUGGACAUCAUCCAGGCCACAGUCCAGCAGAACUUUGACACAGAGACCGACCCAUUGUACGACGAAGUCCUGCAGCACCUGUCCCUCUGUAAGACCUAUGCUGCUCUUUAUGAGUACAAGGCGGAGACGCUGGAUUAUGUGCAGGAGUACCUGAUGCCCUCCAAGGGGAGCAGGAUGAGCCCCAUGGUGGUCUUUGGAGGACCCUGCACUGGAAAGACCCUUCUGCUGUCUGAGGUGGCCAAACAGGCCUACACGUGGCUGCAGAAAGAAAUGGGUCCGGAAACUGACCCGGUGGUUAUUGUUCGCUUUAUUGGCUCCAGCCAACUCUCUACAGACCUACGAACUCUCCUCCAGAGCAUCUGUGAACAGAUCGCAAUAAACUACCGCUGCCUGAUUCACUUUUUGCCUAACAAGAUUCAGGAGAUGAGGGAGCUUUUGAUUAACCUAUUAGGAGAAUCAUCGUUCCAUAGACCUCUGGUUAUUGUUCUGGACUCCCUGGAGCAACUUUCAGAUGCAGAUGAAGCUCGCAAACUAUGGUGGCUCCCCAUACAGCUCCCUCGCACAGUCCGCAUUGUUGUGUCAACAUUGCCGAACAAGCAUGGCAUAUUGCAGAAGCUACGCCACCUCAUACACGACGAUGGAUAUUAUGUAGAGCUAAUCCAGAGGGACCGAAAAGCCUGUAGCCAAAUGUUGAAACAGCAGUUACUUGGAGUGAAGAGAAAAGUCACCUCAGGCCAGCAGAUCUAUGUGAAUGAGGCACUGGCCAAGUGUACAUUGCCGAUGUUUGUCAACCUGAUCUAUAGAGAAGUAGUUCAUUGGAGGUCUCACAAAGAUGUGGAUGAUAAGUCCCUUUGCUCCACUGUGCAUGAGAGUAUAGAACAGCUAUUUUACUCUGUGGAGAACAAACUGGGCCAACGAUUUGUCUUCCGAGCACUGGGGUACAUCACCAUGGCCAAAGCUGGGCUAACCGAGGUUGAGCUUGAAGAUAUCCUGUCCCUUGACAAUAUCGUUCUAGGUGAUGUCAUUGUGGCAACAUACCUCAAAAACCCUCUCAGGAUCUCCUACGACUUGGUUGCUAAGCUCAGAGAGGAGCUGGAGGGGUAUCUGAUAGAACGGCAGGUGCGGAACAUUGCUUUGUUGGUUUGGGCCAACAGGCAUCUCCAUCUUAUCGCCCAGAAGCUGUACCUCAGCAAUGAGGAGGAUGUGCAUCAAAUGCACAGCCUCUUGGCUGAGUAUUUUUUAGGGGCAUGGGCAGGAGGCAGAAAGAAGAUUUUUACCUACGAUAACAACCACUUCACUUCCCUCAACAUUUCUCACCACAAAAACCCUCACCAUCAGCAAUCCCACGAGAAAGCAUCUUCUGAUAAAUACUCAUACGACAGACAGACUCCCGAGCAGCCGUGGGUGUUCCAGUGCAACCUUUUGGAGCCUGACAUUUUCUUUGUCAAUCACAGAAAAAUGACGGAGCUGGUGUACCACCUCACAAGAAGUGGACGCACAGAUGACCUCAUGUUUGGUGUCAUCAUGAAUUUCAGCUGGCUCUAUACCAUGAUCAAGAUUGGCCAGUUUGAAAAGGCUUUGACAGACAUUGACCUUGCUUACAGCUGUUCACAAGAAAAAGAGCUCAAGUUUCUUGCUACCACCCUCCGUGGUGUAAAAGUAAAAGUGCUAAAAAAUCCUGCGUCCUUGUCUGCAGAACUGCAACAAAGGCUUCUGCCAGUUGUUGCCUCACUACCCAAACUCAGACACCUUCUCCUGGAGUGUGACAAAGAUGGGCCAAAGUACUGCUCUAUUAUGCCCCUCCAUUCAUCAAUGGAUGUCACCUACAGCCCAGAAAGACUUCCUCUUUGUUCAAGCUACAUGCAAAUUGUAGAAAUAUUGCCCACUCUUGCCCCGAACAUAGUCAUUGUAGCAUUGGAAGACGGGUCCGUUAGUACAUGGGAUGUAGAAAGCAGGCAGCUCCUGCGCCAGAUAGACACUGCAAGAUCUGUUGUGCUAGGAAUCAGACUAACUUCUGAUGAGAAAUAUCUGGUUGUAGCCACAACCAAGAAUACUUUGCUCAUCUAUGAUAACCACAAAUCCUGCCUUUUAUCAGAAGUUGAAAUUAAAGGGUCCAAGCACAGUGGUGUCAGUGGUGGAGUUGCUUUCAUCAAUGGUUUCACUCUGUCUACCCAUCAUGCGCUUGCUUGGCUUGAAGCUAGCAAAGAUGUGAACGUAAUCGACCUGCUGUAUGGCUGGCCUCUCUAUCAGUUCCAUUGUUGGUAUGAAGUGACAUGUGUCCAGUGCUCACCAGAUGGAAUGUAUGCCUUCUGUGGCCAGUACCUCAACACUACAUCCAUCUUUAACUUGGGAAACGGUGACAAGUUGGCCACUGUGACAUCUGAGUUUUCUGGGGGGUUUGUCAAGUCCAUUCUUGUACUUGACACUCUUAACCAAAUGGUAAUGAUCGACAAUGAAGGAAGUUUGUCAGUGUGGAGUACGAAAGAGAUAACCAACCCAAAGCUCAUGGAGGACUAUGAUUGUAGAGGAGAUGAUAGUGAAGUGGUCGGUAUUGAGUUAUCUGAAGACCAGCGAUCUAUCCUAAUCUGCAAGGCAAGGAGUAUCGAAGUUCUUGACACAAAAGUGUGGAAAAUGGUUGAGAAGUUCAAAGCAAAACGUACUGAACGCUUUGUUGCUGCUGUUCUGUCCAAGAACGGGCAGAGCAUUGUCGCCUCCAUGGAGAACACGUCUUCUAUCUUUGUCUGGAGGAGGGACAGUGGACAGUGCAUGGCGAGUUUGAUUGAGAUCUCAGGGGCUAUUGUCAAACUCAUCAAAUCUGUUCACCACAAUUUGCUCCUCUCUGUUGCCAGCAGUGGAGUUCUGUCAGUUUGGGACAUCGAUAUAAUCACCGCCAUGUCUAACAUUGACAAAACAGGCAAGAAGAUCCAGACCUUGCAUCUGUCUGGCCGGGAGGACUAUGUGUUUACAAUGGAUGGCUCUGAAGCUGUCCACAAGUGGAACUUUAGCACUGGCUUUAUUGAGGUGGUCUUCAAGCACGAGGGCACAGUGGAGAACUGUGCCCUCACCUCCUCAGGGGACCUCAUGGUGACAUCUGACGACAAGUCCAGUCAGUAUAUCUGGCAAACCAAUACUGGAGAAAACAUCUUUCGCAUCAAUGGACAGAGAAUAUCCCAGCUGCUAAUCACCCAUAACGACCAGUUUGUGGUGUCACUAUGUGAGCAGAAUGCCUCUAGAGUCUGGAGACUUGCUACAGGGCACAAAGUGUGCAACAUCUUGGUAAUGCUCCAGAAUGCCCUGAUAACAACCGCAAACACUUUCCUUGUGGGAACGUCCAAAAAUAAGCUUCUUGCUGUUAGCUUGUGGUCAGGGAGCGUGUCAAAGAAGUUUGUCUGCGACGAUGGCAUCACCAUUGUCAACUUCAAGCUCAUUCCUGACUGCCCCGACUGUGUGGUCUUCAUCACUUCCACCGAAACCGUCAUUAUUUGGAGUGUGGCAGACGAGUCUGUGUGCAGACGAGUCCAGCUUCCAACCAACUUCCUCAAAAAUCUCGAGGACUUUCAGAUUUCCCCUAAUGGAAAAUUAGGAAUAGUUUCCAAAGGUGAUGAGAGUAUUAAUGUCCUCGACCUUCACAGCGGCAAGUUGAGGCUUGUUCACGCAGCCGGCAUAAUCUGGCGUCAGAAAUUGUCAAGAGAUGGACGCUAUUUGGUGUACGUUUGCUUCCGUAACUGUGACGAAGAUGACGAUGCUGGGGUAGUGUCCAAUCUGAUAGUGAUGCGCCUUGCUGACGGCAAGAGCAUCGGCACAUGCUCUCUUUACAAGACUCCAACCUACCUUGUUCUCUCCCAGCGAGCUCUAAACAUCAUCAUCGGCUUUGAAGAUGGCAGCAUUGGCACAUACACAGUUGUCGACCGGGUGGAUGCUGCUCUCAAAAUAAAGAUAGCCACCUCCAACAGCCGGCAGAUUGUCAACAACGCCUCCCAGAAGGUUCGGCCCAAAUGUGUGAACCAUUCCUUUAAGAGCAUUGCCGACUGUGUCUGGAGGGAGUCAACAGAAGUCUUCUCCAGGGACAGCCCCAGCAACGUAUCAGACUCUGGAGAGGGUGAGUCCACAACACCUACAAAAAAGGCUGAACUGCUCCAGUGAGGAGUGCGGAAUGGAGGAGUUAAAGAUGUCUAUUCAGGGGGUGGGUGGGAGACGUGUCACAAAUCUUAGAAUCUCUGGGGUAGCAGUUGAUUCUUGUUUACAGCCAAGUGAUUCAGCUGCAAAUUUCAGGCCUGUGGGUAGUCAAUAGGCCGACCAUUUAAACGCUGCAUACAAAUGAUGUAUUACUUCCAACUGCAGAUGCUCUUUAUGUUAGUUUUACACAAGAAGACUGUUAAAAAAAAUACUGUUUUACAAAAGAAAAAAAAUGUAAACUUAGUUUGCCAUUAUGUGUCCUUUUGCAUUUGAAGAACUAAGCUAUGAUUCAGAUUUGUUGGUCAAACAUUAUCAUAGUCAUUCCAGCUAUCUUAGCUACUGUCAUUGACUUUAUUUACAUUGUACACACGAAGCCAUACUGUUCUUAAGAGUAUAUUUAUGUUUGUAGUAACAGCUGGCAGUACUGUACAAAAAAAGAACUUUGAACAUUUGUACAUAUCUCUUUUCGGCUGCUGCAACUUGUGCAACUCCUUAAAAUGUUAAGUUGUGCUUAAUGCAAUCAAAGUGAGUGCCUGGAAAUAAAAAUGUUCUUUAUGUGCAUAUUACAAGAUAACGAAAAUGCAGGGACUUUGUAAACAAACUAUACGCACCAUUGCAUAAUACUUGCAAUCCAGUCGACAUCAGGAGCGAUUGAUGGCAUUUCUUUCUGGAGUGAGAGCUGUAGGGAUUUCUUGUAAUGGUUUAUGUGAAUUUGACAUCAGUUGACCUGCAGUUCUAUUUGUUUGUAAGGGAAACACCACUAUAGAAGCAAACAGUGUAGCAUAGCACCAUACACAUUUGAGCCUUAACCAGUGUACUUGCUUUAGAUUUUGUGGAGUUAGUUGAGAUGUUCCAGUAUAGAAGGACAGAGUUAGGUUUUUUUUCUGCAAAAAAUCUUCUCUGUGAACAUAUGUACAAGGCGUGUCAUUAGGUGCAAGCACUUUAGGAAAUGUUUGCG